GCCUACUGCGUUCUUGGUCUGUUUUUCCUCUCAUUUAAGCCCCCCUCUCUCUUUGUUUUUUCUCUGCCUCCAAUCCAAUCCUCAGAAUCUCAUUCUACUCCCUAAAAUUUUAAUGGCUAUUUCCUCACUGGAUUUACAUCUGUUGAAUUGUCGUUUGGUUUGGAUUCAAUCUCCUUUUACACAUCUUUUCUUCGCUAAAUCUUCGUCUCAUCGUCACAUUCCCAGUCAACUCUCUUCCUUUUUCUGACAAGCAAGAGGGGAGAGAGAAAAACACCCAUCACACAUGGGAAAGCGUAACUCUCAGCGUAAAAAGGUUUCACUGUUGGAUAGUGACGAUGAUGAUAGUGCGAGUUCUUCGUCCACUUCCCGGUCAGAUCUUGUGCUGGCACAAGGAAUUGAGGAUGUCCAGCUUGAUAAAGAGAGUUCACUAGAUCAGGCUUUGGAUGCUUUAUAUGAAAAAAGGGGAACCACAAGAGAAAGGGCUUUGUCAUCAAUAAUUGAGGCUUUUAGCAGCAACCUGCAGCAUCUGUUUGUGGAAAAGAAAUUCGCGACGUUGCUGCAUCAGUGUUUGAAUUCCAUCAAGCGAGGGUCUGCUAAAGAGGCAUCUUUAGCAUGUCAUGCAAUUGGAUUGUUGGCUUUGACUGUUGGUCAUGGGGAUAAUGCACAUGAGAUAUUGGAAGAAUCAGUUCCUCCUAUUUCACAGGCUCUCAAAUCUUCAUCUGAAUCAUUAAAGAUAUCAUGGUUACUGGAAUGCUUGGCUAUUGUCACCUUCAUUGGUGCAAAUGAUCCAGAAGAAACAGAAAGAUCAAUGCAAAUUAUGUGGCAAUUGCUUCAUCCAAAAUUGGGUUCUAAUGUGGUUGCCAGAAAACCUUCAGCAGAGGUAAUAACAGCAGUGGUGUCUGCUUGGUCGUUUCUUCUUACAACCAUGGAUGGGUGGAAACUGAAUCCUAAAAAUUGGCAAGGGUCAAUUUCUUAUUUUUCUAGUUUGCUAGAUAAGGAUGAUCGAUCUGUACGCAUUGCAGCUGGUGAAGCACUGGCUCUUAUUUUUGAAGUAGGAAGUUUAGAGAAGUUCUUUAUCGAACCUAAAGGUCCUAGUGACAGCUCAAUUCAUGAAGAGAAUAUUCAUCGGGAAGGAUUUACACACAUGCGAGGACUUAAAGGCAAAAUUCUAAAUCAAGUGAGAAACCUUUCAGUGGAAGCAGGUGGUAAAGGUUCUGUGAAGAAAGACCUUAACAGCCAGAGAAACUCAUUUAGAGAUAUAUUAGAAUUUCUUGAGGGUGGUUACUGUCCUGAAACCUCAAUGAAAAUUGGUGGAGAUUCACUGAACACAUCAACAUGGUCUCAACUGAUACAGUUAAACUUUCUGAAGCACUUUCUCAGGGGCGGAUUUGUUAAGCACAUGCAGGAAAAUGAAUUUCUUCAUGAAGUCUUUGGUUUCACACCAAAAAGAAAGCAUCUUUCAGGCAGUGAGCAUCAUUUAUCUAGUGGUGAAAAGAGGAUGUACAAAUCACCAAACUCAGUGGUCAAUAAGGCAAGAACUCAGUUGCUGAACAAACAGCGGAUGUUGUCCCAGGGUAGAAACGCAGGCCAUUAUGCAGUUGGUUUGGGUGAUGAAGAGCUGUAGGUGCAAUCUCUGGUUAAACAGCCGUUUCAAACUUAAAGCUGAAUCAUAGGGCACAUGUUGGUCUUCUGGUACCAGACUUCUUGAUAAACCCAUCUUAAUAUAAUUACCCUGGAUGAUAAAAGGGAUCAUUUUGAUUAAUUUAAUAGUGGGUUUUAAGUGCAAGAUCAUAUUACUUAUAUUGUAACUCUGGUGAUAAAUUCUUUUCUUCAUAUUCGAAAGUGAAAAUAAAGAACUUCGUAAGUCAGGACUCAGGA